CGGCCACACUGCACUUAACUAUUGCUUGUCAUUGCAUUUCGGCAACUCACAAACAAGUUUAAAAUAUACCCAAAAACCCCGAAAGUAUAAAAAUAAUUUAGAGAUGGAGACACUACUGGGUAUCAAGGGCCCCGACUUCGUAAUGCUUGCGGCCGAUACCACCCACGCUCGCUCUAUAAUCGUAAUGAAGGAGGAUCAGAACAAAAUCCAUAAGGUAUCCGAUAAUCUGCUUAUAUCUACCGUCGGCGAAUCAGGUGACACGGAGCAAUUUACCGAGUUUAUUUCAAAGAACAUAGCCCUGUACAAAAUGCGCAAUGGGUACGAUUUGAGUCCACAUGCGUCGGCGCAUUUCACUCGCAAGAAUCUGGCCGAAUAUCUUCGUAGUCGUACGCCCUAUCAGGUUUUCAUGUUUGUGGCAGGCUAUGAUGCCAAAGAUGGUCCUGAGCUCAAUUUCAUUGACUACCUGGCCAAUGCAUUGCCUGUGAAUUAUGCCGGUCACGGCUAUGGCGCAAUCUUUGCAUCCAGCAUAUACGAUCGCUACUGGCACCCAAACAUCACCCAGGAUGAAGCCUACGAUGUUUUUAAGAAGUGCAUUGCCGAGAUCCAGAAGCGAUUGGUCGUCAACCUUAAAAACUUCACUGUCGCCGUGGUGGACAAGGAUGGUGUACGGAAUUUGGAGCCCAUCAGCGCCGCAAGCCUGGCCGCUUAGUUAGAUUUUGAUUCAAGCAUUAUAAAUGCACAGUUUUGUA